CUGGAGCUUGAGCUGCCGUGAGGGGGCUGCAUCAGAGGGAGAGAGCUAUGAAUGAAGCAGCCCUCCCUUUCCCCCUCUACCUUCUCUUCCUCUUCCGGCGUGAACUCUUCCUCUUCUUCCUUCUUGUCCUCCUCCAGGGCCAGAGUAGUUGGGCGGCACCCAGGGAUGGAGAGAACCCUGUGCAAGUAGAGCCAAAGUGGCCAGUGGUUCCAGCUGGAGGCUCCAUUCAGCUCCGGUGCUCUGUGGCCUGCCCUGGGAACGAAGCCACGGUGCAAUGGAAGGGGCUAGAUACAAGCCUUGGCCACGUCUUCUCAGAGCCAGGCCUCAGCGUCCUGACCAUCCCUGAAGCCACGCUCUCUAUGGCUGGGACCAAGGUGUGUAUCAGCACGUGCCAAGGCCAGACCUACCAGGACCGUGUAGAGCUGCUAGUAUAUGCCUUUCCUGACAAGCUGGAAGUGUCCCCGAGCACCUUGGUCCUUGGGCAGGCGGCCACCCUGGUCUGCUCAGCCCGAGAGGUGUCCCCUUAUGACAGCCGCCUGACGUUCGCCUGGUACCAGGGAGAUGAGAAGCUGGGGGAACUAGAGCUCCUUUAUGAAGAUCUGAAGCCUGAGCAAGAAGCAGAGACUGGGGAGGAUCUGGAAGUGUUCCAGGUCACUAAGCACUGGGCUCUACCAGCGGAGCUUGUGACCCUGGGACCGGAGCUCCGCUGCCAGGUCGAGAUGAAGCUUGAGCAUCAGGUUCUCAGCCACAGCCGGGGCAUAGCCGUCAUGGCCAGGAUGACAUCCCCGGAACCAAGCACCCCUCUGGCAACAAAGACCCCUACGGGGCUGCUUCUGCCCUCCUCAGAGGCCCCUGUAGUACAGGAUUACACCUCCACGCUUCCUGACACCACGGCUUCCUCCCUGACUUUGGGCCCUGGGUCUUCACUAUCCCCUACUUCAAAACCCAGCACUGGCUAUCUGUGCCUCCCCAAAAUAUCCUGGUCCCAAACAUCAGGGAUCCAUGGGGGACACUUGGUGCUAACAUGCAAGACAGCUUGUGAACCUGGGGCAUCUGUGUCCUGGAGCCAGGCCCCAGGCAGCCUGGCAGACUACCAGAGACAGGAGGCUGGGGCCCAGGCCACCCUAAUCAUAAUGCAUCCAGGACCCCAGAACAGGGGACUGUACCAGUGCCAACAAGAACCCGGGGGUCAAACGGCCAGGAUAUCCCUGGACAGGAACAUUGUGCCUGAUGUGGACAAAUGGGGCAACUCGGCAGCCCUAUGGACAGGUGGUUGUAUGCUGGGGUUGAUCCUUAUGGCCUUCGUAUCUUACCGCCUACGGAGAUGGCUCAGGACUAAGGCCUGUGCCUCUCUCCAAACCUGAGCCCAGCCUUGAAAGCACACUCUGUCACAGCCCUGGCUGAAUACCGAGCUCUAGAUCCUGCCAGCUUCCAGGGCUGGGAAGUGGAAUGGCCAGUGUAAAAAGGAGGGAAGUUGUCUCCCAUCCAGCCAUGAAGGGCUUCCCUUGGGUCUGCCACCCAGAGGGCCCUCGAAACUAGGUGGAAGCAGGGUGGUCCUCUGGGUUGGGUAGGGACAGUUUGGGAGGGGUCCCGCCAGGCUCUCUCACAUCAGCUGGUUCUUCUCUUUGGGGUGGGAAUGGGCAGCAAAUCCAUUUCUGAUCAUCCCAGGGUCUGACUAAUAAAGAGUUCAUCUGUCUGUGAAGCUGUUGCUCCUGCUAACUGAGACAGCUCAGACUGUCAAAAUAUGGAAUGUCCAAGCUGGAAGAGAUCUUUGAAGACAGAACAUCAGAACUGACUUAGAGAACAUUCAUUUGUUCAUUUAAUCCAGAAACAGCUGGCUCUGGAAUAAGAGGCCCUGGGUUCAAUUCCUGCUUCUAAUGCCUAUUAACUAGACUUGAGCAAGCUAUUCGAUCUAGGUGUUGCAAUAGAUAAAAGUGGGCCUAGAGUUAGGAAGAUCCAAGUUCAAAUCCAACCUCAGACACUUAUGCACUACAAUCUUGGGCAAGUCAUUUAACUUCUGUCUCUACUUCCUCAACUGUAAAAUAGGGGUAAUAAUUGCAUCUACCUUGAAGGCUUUUUGUGAGCAUCAAAGGAGAUGAUCUUUAUAAAGCACUCAGCAUACUGCCUGGCCUGCCGGAAGCACUUAAUAAAU